GCAAUGUCCAGCACAAGACUUCCGCGCAAUGUGGGGAUAUUACACGAGAACUAAAUAUCCCCUCUACAAAAGAAUGAACGCCAUGUGAUCAAGCGUACUGCGGCAGUCCCGUUUAUUCAACUGCAAGGCAAACUGCAACUGCCGCUUACUAAGGUCACUCGGUGUCUUGCGAUCAUAUCUACCUAUGUAUACAAUGCGUUUUUCAGCGUAUAGUUAUGUUAAUAUUUUAACAGCUGUGUAAUUUUUUCCUUUCGUGAAACGAUUUAUAAUUUUUAUAAUAAUAAAUAAGUUUUUAAGCAAUAUACCACUCUGAUUCUGUUUAUUCAAGAGUUAUUCGCGCCAAUUAAUGUAUAUUACAAAAUGCUAACCUAAACCUCAUCGCUUUCACUAAAUAAGGGGUUCUCAGUUUGUGCUACUGUAUCGUAACGUCAAUUUGAAAAGAAAUGGAGGCACAAAGGUGUUUACUGUUUAAAAAUCCCAAUCAUCUCACUAAUUUAAACAACAUGAGGCUGUCUGGAAAAUUAUGUGACGUCAUUAUCAAAGUAAAAGAUAAAGAAUUUCCAUCACAUAAAGUCAUCCUUGCCGCGAAUCUGAAGUAUUUUGAAACAAUGUUUCUAAAUUCUUUUCAAGAAAGUAAACUUAAUGUUGUCAACAUGCAAGAUGUUGAAGAAGCAUAUCUAGAAGCUUUCAUUUCAUUUGCCUAUACUGGUGAAAUUAUACUAACAGAUAUCAAUGCGUUAGGCUUACUUGAGGUCGCAAAUUACCUUGGUGAAGAGGGUAUUAAAGAAUCUUGUAUUGAACUUUUAAAAAUGCAUCUGAGAAAGGAGGAAGCUUAUAAGGCUUACAAGUUAGCAAAUUUAAUUGGAUGUUGUUCUCUGAAAAAUGCAGCAACACAGACCAUUUUAUCAUAUUUCAAAGACUGCUCUCAAACAACAGAGUUUUUCAAUCUUGAUUUUGAAAAUUUGAAAGAUAUUCUAUCUAAUGCCAGCUUAGACUUUGCUCAGUCGCAAAGAAUAUUUUUUGAAAGCAUUAUAAGUUGGAUUUUGCAUGAUUCAACAAACCGAAGGAUUCACAUGAAUACAUUAUUAAAUAUUAUUGAAACAAUGAAACUAAAUACAGAUUAUUUACUAAACUAUCUUUGUAAAAAUAUUGUAAAUCAAGACUAUAGAGAUAUAAUUAAAGAUAUUAUGUCAUAUUAUGACGAAAAAAAUCAAGAAACACAAUACCAGGCUGAAAGAUUGACACAGAGAUUAAUGAUAAUAGGCAGUGUCGAUAAAAAAUUACAAUUACAAUAUUAUGAUUUCACGGAACGAAAAUGGAGCCGACUUCAUGAAAUUAUAUUUCUCGACAAAUUAUAUUGUCGAUUAGGAAUAAUUUUGAAUGAUAAAUUUUAUUAUACUAUUGAAGAUUCUGAACAAAGUACCAAGACAAAUUUACAAGUCUUCAAUCCUAUAACAAAACAAAAUACUAUGUUGACGUCCGAUAUUAACUCAUUCAGUGGGAAAGCUUUAUGCACAUGCGGCAAGUUUCUCUACUUUUGUGGUGGAAGAAAUGACGAUAGAUCAACGUCAGAUGAGAUUUUGGCGUAUGACCCACAGACAAAUUCUGUGGAGACACUGCCUCCAAUGACAGUUGUAAGAUCUUUUCCAGCCGCUAUUUUUUACCAAGGCUCUCUUCACAUUUUAGGCGGAAUGAAUAAGCUGUCUUGUUACAAUUCGGUUGAAAAAUAUGACUCUUAUUUAAAAAAAUGGACGGAUUUACCGUCGAUGUUGGAGAGACGUUUUUAUCAUGCCGUAGCCGUCCUGGAUGGAAAGCUAUAUGCCUGCGGAGGAGGUUGUACAAACAGCGUAGAAGUUUAUGAUCCCUUAACAAAUAGGUGGGAACUAGUUGCUAGUAUGAAGAAGGAUAGGGAUAAGUUUCUUGUGAUUGCUCACGAAGGAAAGCUAUUCGCUAUUGGAGGAGAUGGUGAUUAUGGAACAGUUGAAGUAUACGAUCCUACCAUAGAUGAAUGGCAGAUAGAUCAUGAGUUGUCUUCGAGUUUGCAAAUAGCAAAUCCUCAAGGCGGACUAAUUUCUUCCAGUUAUGACAAUUAAUAUUUUACUUAGGUAAACUCUAUAUUAAAAAUAAUGUAUUAAAAAGAAAUGUAUGAUUUUUUGUAUAUAGUCAACGAUCGAUAUAUCGUCAAAAAAAAUUAGCUAUAAUAAAAUUUCAUGUGAUGUUAAUAAUUCGUCAAAAAGAGAAGUCAACUUUUACAUGUAACCGGAAUUUUUGUUUUAUAAAAUCAAAAUGCUUUACGAACUUACAU